CAAUAACUCCCCAGUCCCCCCUUCCCUCUCUCUCUCUCAAACACACACAAAGACCUAGAGAAUAUUUCUUUUUACUUUUUUCAAUUAUUUUAUUUAAACAUUUUGUUCUCAUUCUCUUCAAAUAGUAUUUAAAAAUUUAUAAUUUUAAAUAAAACCAAUAGAUAACCAUGGCAUAGAUAUAUUAUUUUAUUACUUCAUUGCCAUACGUACAUUAUACACAUCCUGUAAAGAAUUAGAGAGAGAAAAAGAUGCCCUCCUCAUAGCUGCACAUCGCCACAUCCAGAGGUACUAGCCAUCCAAAAAGAAAGCAAAACCCAAAUACACCACUGGACCAAACUCCAAAAACCCAAACCUUUUCCGAGUUAAAAGAAGCAAAAAUCAAAGGUACCCUUCAAUCUUUUCUCAUUUUCAUCCAAAACCCAUCUCUCAAAAACCCCCCAAAAUCUCGAAAAACCAGCAAACAUCGAAGGUACCAAACACAACCCUUCAAUCUUUUCUCAUUUUCAUCCAAAACCAAUCUCUCAAAACCCCCCAAAAAUCUCAAAAAACCAGCAAUGAUUUGAUCCUUCAUCAACCCCUCCAAAUGGGUUUAGCCACAAAACCCUUUUGCCUCCUCUCUCUGUUUCUGGUGCUCAUCCCACUAUCUGAACCUGCAUCUGAUUUCACCAACUUGGUCUACAAGGGUUGUGCAAAGCAGGCUUUGGCAGAUCCAACUGGGGUUUACUCACAAUUCCUUUCCACCAUUUUUGGGUCUUUGAUUCAACAGUCCUCCAAAGCCAAGUUCUUCAAGACCACCUCUGGUAGUGGCCAAACCUCUGUCACUGGUCUCUUCCAGUGUAGAGGUGACCUGAGCAAUGUUGACUGCUACAACUGUGUGAGCAAGCUACCAAUUCUCAUUGACAAGCUCUGUGGCAAGCAAGUUGCUGCAAGAAUCCAACUUUCUGGUUGCUAUAUGCUGUAUGAAGUCUCUGGUUUUACUCAAAUCUCUGGUAUGGAGAUGCUGUACAAGACUUGUGGUGGAACAAAUGUUGCAGGGAGUGGGUUUGAGGAGCGAAGAGACACGGCGUUUUCGACGUUGGAGAGUGGUGUGGUGAGUGGCAAUGGGUUCUACACAACAAGCUAUGAAGCUGUGUAUGUGUUGGGGCAAUGUGAGGGUGAUUUGGGGUCUGCUGAUUGUGGUAACUGUGUGACAAGUGCUGUCCAGAGAGCUCAGGCUGAAUGCGGAGCUUCCAUUUCAGGCCAAGUCUAUCUUCACAAGUGUUUUAUUAGCUAUAGUUACUAUCCAAAUGGGGUGCCCAGAAGAUCUUCUUCAUCAUCUGAAUCUGAAUCUUCUUCAUCAGGGACAGGGCAAAAUACAGGGAAGACAGUAGCAAUUAUAUUAGGAGGGGCAGCAGGAGUAGGGUUUCUAGUCAUUUGUUUGCUGUUUGCUAGAAAUUUAAUGAAGAAACAUGAUGAUUUUUGAAAGGAGGAGAAGGGUUAAAAAAGACCAAAGUUCUUUUUCAGGUGUAUUCUUUCCUUAUAUUAUUUUCUUUUCAAAGAGGAUAAAUGGUUUUUGUGGUGGGGAGAGAAAAAGGAGGAGGUAAUUAUGGGAAAUUUUUGUCAUAGGUGGGUAAGAAUUUGUUUGGAAGAUAAGAAAGUGGGAGCGUGAAAGUAAGAAUGAAUUUGCUUUAAUUUCAAGAA